AUGGCCCUGAGCUGGAGAACCACCCGCCAUGCCACGAGGCUGGCCCAGACAGCACGGCCGUUCCUCUCGGCUCGUCACUAUGCGACCGCCGAGCCCGAUCUGAAGUCCACACUGAAAGAAGUCAUUCCCGCCAAGCGAGAACUUCUGCAGCAGGUCAAGGCUCAGGGCGAUGAGACGAUCGGCGAAGUCAAGAUCGGCAACGUGAUUGGCGGCAUGCGCGGCCUCAAGGCGAUGCUGUGGGAGGGCUCGGUCCUGGAUCCCGACGAGGGAAUCCGCUUCCACGGCAAGACCAUCAAAGACUGCCAGAAGGAAUUGCCCAAGGGCACAUCCGGCACGGAGAUGUUGCCCGAGGCCAUGUUCUGGCUGCUCUUGACGGGCCAGGUGCCCUCCACCGCGCAGGUGCGCUCAUUCUCCCGCGAGCUGGCCGAGAAGUCCCACCUGCCCUCACACAUCCUGGACCUGAUCAAGUCUUUCCCUGCCUCAAUGCACCCCAUGACCCAGCUCUCUGUGGCCGUGGCGGCGCUUAAUACCGAGUCCAAGUUCGCGCAGGCUUACGAGAAGGGCCUCAACAAGGCCGAGUACUGGGAGCCCACCUUUGACGACAGCAUCUCGCUGCUUGCAAAGAUCCCCCGUGUUGCUGCGCUUGUUUUCCGUCCCAAAGAAAUUGAUGCUGUCGGCAGCCAGAAGCUUGACGGCGCCCAGGACUGGUCAUACAACUUUGCCGAACUGCUAGGCAAGGGCGGCUCGCAGAACCAGGACUUCCACGACCUGCUGCGUCUGUACCUGGCUCUGCAUGGUGACCACGAGGGCGGCAAUGUCUCGGCGCACGCCACUCACCUGGUCGGCAGCGCUCUGAGCGACCCCUUCCUCAGCUACAGUGCCGGCCUGUUGGGUCUGGCUGGUCCUCUCCACGGCUUGGCCGCUCAGGAAGUCCUGCGCUGGAUUUUGGCCAUGCAAGAAAAGAUUGGAACUAAGUUCACUGAGGAGGAUGUCCGUACUUACCUCUGGGACACCCUCAAGUCUGGGCGCGUGGUCCCUGGAUACGGGCACGGUGUGCUGCGCAAGCCGGACCCCCGAUUUGAGGCGCUGAUGGACUUUGCCGACACUCGCCCGGACGUCCUGGCCAACCCGGUGUUCCAGCUUGUCAAGAAGAACUCGGAGAUUGCUCCGGGUGUCUUGACUGAACACGGCAAGACCAAGAACCCCCACCCUAACGUGGACGCUGCCUCUGGUGUUCUGUUCCACCACUAUGGCUUCCAGAAGCCCCUUUACUACACAGUCACUUUUGGGGUCAGCCGUGCCCUUGGCCCACUCGUCCAGCUCAUCUGGGACCGCGCUCUGGGACUUCCUAUCGAGCGUCCUAAGAGCAUCAACCUGCAGGGCUUAUUGAAAAAAUAG